GAGCAAGUCCAGAACCUAGAGACUCAGCUCAUCAAGCUCGAGGAGAAGCUCGCCGCGGACAAGUCGAGCGCCAUGGCAACCAUUGCGACGCAUGUAGCCACAAUCAAAUCGCUUCAAGUCGCUCCCCGCGCUGUCGAAGCCGUUUCGUCGGUGGCGGCGAGCGCAUUGCAAGCGGCCGCCCCGAGCGAGAGCGCCAAGGUCAAGGUACGGUUCUUGAACGAUACAUGCAGCGCCGUCGAUCUGACGGGGAUGAUCUAG